CUGCCCUACCAAUUUAGUAGACAAGCCUUAAUUGUAACACGGCCGCAACGCGAAUGCCUGUUCCUUUUGGCACGAUACCAAUUGUUCGCUUGUUCCCGUCGCUUCGUUGACAUACCCAGGGUGACAAAGGAAGAAGCAAGACGAACCGACUGGAAAUAUGAACGAAGGUGUGAUAUAGUAACUUCUUCACCGGGGAAGGGAAGGUAGAAAUAGAG